AUGCACUUUUUCAAGUCAAAACACCAGAAGCUCAUUCUACAGUGCUAUCCGCCUGGGAAGGACACGGACAAGAAGCCUAAUGCACUGGAGCUCAGCUACCUCCUCUACUACGCCACCACACGCCGCGUUAAGUUGGAAAAGGUAGGGCGCUACUUGGAAAAAAAGACACUCCAUGACAUUGCGCGCGGCCAUGCAGGCAACGCGCAGGUCUCAUUAAACAUUAUCGCGACUCUCAUCGACAAGUGCGCGGACAACUUGAGUGUGUUUGCGCUGAACGUGACGGUGGUGUUGCGCGCGGUGUGUGGCGCGAACGACGUCGCGCUCUGCGCACGUGCGGUGCCGGUGUUUGGCGAGUUCUGUGAAAAAUUGGACGAGGACAUGCUCAGCGGCGACCGCGCGUUCGUAAGUAACUUUGAGCAGCUUGCGGCCGCGUUUCUCGGUUUGGGAAGCCGCUCCGGCCCGCAGCAGGCGGAGUGGCAGGCAUUGAGCUUGGACGCUGCGCGGUGCCUUGCGGGCUCUGCAUUCGUCGCGCGCCGAUACGCGGCUAAAACUGUCGAUACCGCGAUCCAUUUGGUGUUGGAAGAGCUCGCGCGCACCCACUCUGACGACGCGCUCGCACGCCUCCAAUCGCGGGCAGACGUGGAUGGCCAUGCCCGCAGACAAUCUGUGCGCAGCAUCCCUACCAUGGAGGCUGUUCCCGAGGACAAAUCUCUCGCGGCCCUCAAGGGCUACUUCAACACCACCUCUGCUACGCAGUUGCAGAACUGCACCAGGGCGGUGUGCAGCUACAUAGUCACGCGCCCCACAAGCGCGCAUUGGAAUGACGCGGUGGUUGAGAUUGCUACGAACUGGGUCCCGGUGCAAAUGCGGUUUAUCGUCUUGGGGACCCUUAUGAGUGAGUUGAAGGGCCCGGGCGAGACGGUAGUGGCCAACGCGAUUGCCGGGUUACUUGCAUCGGAGGUGAAUAUGGUGGGGUUAGCGGUGACAGACACGUUGAGGAAGAUUCUCGCGCUACAGGAGAAGAGUGUGAGUGAAGCGAGUGGUACGCCAAGCAUCGCGCGCGACGGAGAAAGCGUGCGCGACACCGCCGCGCCCGCCACCACCCUCUUCAGCAACAUCAUUAGCAGCCUUGCCACCCACACCUAUUACCACAAUCAAACCUCCGACAUGGUUGCGGAGAUUCUCGCCCGGUGCCGCGAGCUCUGCACCGACAAGCCCGCCACGCCGUUUCUUCACGUGCUUUUUGACGACGCGCGCCGCAUUUUCCAGACGCCCAACCAUGGCGAGUGCUCAAUAGACGCCUGGGAAGACAGUUUCGAGAUCUUAACCAUCGCUGGUUCUUCCCAGGUGAAACUCGCAUACUUGGACUGCAUGAAACUCUUCUUAGAGAGCGAUGUGGGAAAUCGCGCGGAACUCGUUAGACCAAACUACAACAACUACAUCACCGGUGAGAAAAAGAGUGUUGCGCACUUUUUCUAUAUCGUGCAUAGCCUUUUGGCCACUGAAGAGCCUCACGUGUUGCAGAGUGUGGCCGAGGUUGUCUACUUGUUGAUUGGGAAGUACGGCAUCAAUACCAUUGCGAACGGCAUUCCAUUCUUCUUUGAAUGGCAGUUUACGUCGGUCCCGGCAAGUCCACUGAAGCGUGAUGUAACGCGAGACUCCUUCGCGUACUGCUUCCUCUACCACGCGACCGCAUACCUUGAGCUAGACUUACUUCUGGAUGUUACUGCAAAGGUGGCUGCGCGCACGACACAAGGCAUAUGGGAGGCGCUCGACGUGCGCAUUCCGGCCGUGCACGGUGCCGCGCCUGAUGUUGUGUUUAGCUACUCACGCGCGGAACUUCGCGACUAUUUUAUCCAAGAUAUGGCGGCCUCGUGGAUCGAUACCGACCGUGUGAUCAACCCCUCACUCCAUGGCAUUCACGACACCGACUUAGCUUCGAACACCACGCUCUCCGCCCCGGAAAUUACGUUCUCGAGUGCGCCCCAGACUAUCGAUGCGGGUACACUCUCUUACGUGGACCCUGAGAGUCGCAGUGUGCGCUCGCACGCAAUGUCUCAGGGCUCAUCGUACUUCAGUGCGGCCAGAGCCUCGCCACGUGUGGCUGACUUGAGACGUGCGGUGUCGGGGGCUAUGCUACAGCCGAACCACGCCGGGGAAAGCCGUGUACAGUCCUUGCGCGCGUCAAACAUGUCAAUCCAGACCAAAGAGCUUGUUUCGUUGUUGGAUGAUUUGGAGGUGGAAGUGCAGUUGGAUUCGCGCGGACGGAUAGAGAUUCCUGGAAAGAGUUAA